AUGCCGAUCGAUGUGAUUACGACAGAUAAUUUGAAAUAUCAUCGUCUGGUUGCCAGCAAGGAUACCAAGACAUCGGAACGUUGGCAAAAGCUGUUCAGCUGGUAUCCAGGCAGGCAGAAUAUCGAGUUCAGUCGCAUCGCUCAGAUCUAUUGUGAAAGCCAGCAUAGAUACGGGCAGGAUAUAUUCCUACAGUAUGCACGUGAAAGACGACUGAACAAGCUGCACGCCUACAACCAUCUGGAUUCAUUGAAAGAACUGGAAAAGCAAGAUGAACAGAGUCACAAUGUUAACAACAAUGCCAAAGUACCGCCCACCACAAAUGGCGAAUAUGGACGCUUUAAGCCAUCGAGAAUGCACUAUUGCUAG